UUUUAGGUUUGAGUCUAGAGCAGAAGAAUCCUGCCCAACCCCAUUGAGAUAGUCUACAAGCAGCAUCCUUGUAGAAUGUCCUCAAUUUUUCAUGAUGAGAAUGGAGAUGCUCAAAAUGCCACAAAUCAGCGAAUAUCCAAAUUGGAGACUAUGCAAGCCAAUGUCCGAGGACAACUGCAGAGGCAACAGAGAUCUGUGCUUGGCACCAUUCAACCAAAAAUGAUGGCAGCUGGUGGGCAUAAAUUCCCUCCUCCCUUCCCAAAGCCUGGAACACAAGGGAGAGCAUAUCUGGGGAAAGGCAAAAUGCAAGUUUACUAUGACAAGGAGAAAUCUGUUGCUCCUACCAGACUAUCAGUUGAUCCUGUCUGCAUUCCUAGAGCUUCCUUCAAACAAGACCAGGAAAACAUUCAACCAAAUCUCUCGAAAGACAAGUUGACUCACUUUCAGAAGGGGACGAAGAAGGAAAUGACUCGAGUGCCAUUUCAGCCUCUGGCUCCUCUGAAGGAGGCCCAGCAAGGACUGACCCGGGUGCCUCUUCAACCUGUUGGUCGCACAAGUCAUGCUAGGGAAGUCCUUCCAUCAGACAAAAGUAGUGAAAGUGUCAAAUCAGUUGUGCAGGUGUUUCAAGAUGAAAUUUCCCGGAUCUCACAUCUACGAGAUGAUUCUUUGCGAGCUGAUUCCCCCAUGCAGUGGGAUUCCUCUAUUGUGUUGCCCACCAGCAUCCUUAAGACUGUUGAAGAUGUGGAUUUGGUUCGAUACCGGCCGAAACAUAAUUAUAUAAGGAAGCAGCCAGACAUCACGAGUCAGAUGCGGUCCAUCCUGGUUGAAUGGCUUGUUGAGGUUGCUGAGGAGUACAACCUGGAGCUGGAAACAUUAUACCUCACCAUUUCCUACCUGGAUCGUUUCCUAUCUGUGAUGUCUGUCUUGAGAGGCAAACUCCAGCUUGUUGGGGUCACUGCCAUGUUCAUAGCUGCGAAAUAUGAGGAGAUCUAUCCACCUGAGAUUUCGGAAUUCACAUACAUCACUGAUGAUACAUACACCAAGGAGCAGGUAUUGAAAAUGGAGCAUCUCAUGCUUCGAGUCCUGGAGUUCAACAUGUGUGCCCCUACACCUCUUGUCUUCUUCUCCAAAUUUGUCUCUGAUGCCAAUGCCAAUGAAUCUACAAUCCGGCUUGGUUUGUUUAUGUUGGAGCUGGCACUAAUUGAAACCGAAACCCUGAAGUACCUGCCAUCAGAACUGGCAUCUGCAGCAUUCUACUUGACAUUUGAAAUCAAGGAUGUGUUCCUAUGUGAGAAGAAAUUCCAAGAAGUCACCAGUUACACUGUGCAGGCCUUGAGAGAUCCUAUUGCUCACCUCCAGCACAUCCUUUCCCUCUCCUUCAAGCAUCCCCAGAUGCAGGUCAUACGCAACAAAUACAGCUUACCAAAGUACUUCCAUGUGGCAUCUCUGAUCAAAGAAGAGAAGACAGAUUCUCCCAUGAAAAUUGGUGCAGAGUGAUCUUCAGCUCAUUUGCUCACUUUUUCUCUUUCCUGCAUGUGCUCAGCUAUUUUUAAGACUACAGUUCCAGUUUUUUAUGCUGUCAUGAAAACUUGUGUCCUUUUUUCACAACAUUAAGCUUGAAAGCUACUCUACGAUAUUUUUUGUGACA